GAUUCUUGCUGCUUUGGUUAUUCAUUUAUUCACAUUUCAGAGUCCACAUCGCGGUUGAUAGCAUAGCAUCGUUCACUAAUGGAAGCCUUAUCUGUUGUACCUGGCGCGCCCCUAUUAUAAAUGGAGCUUUCUGCAUUUUCCAGCUUCAAAGCAGUUUCUGAUGCUUCCUUGUUCCCAUUUUCUUCGAAUCAACUUUGGUGCCGAUGCUCUCUUCCUCUUCGUCGCCGCGAUUAUGGUCUCUGUUGGAGUCCCAAGUCAAAACCGUGUUUUCGGAUCAGAAUGUGCUCGGAGAAAGCUUCGUCGUCGAACGGUUACGGCGGAAUCGACUGCGGAGAAACAACGAACUCUGAUUUCGUCGAAGUCAUUGUCAUUGGCUCUAGGAAGGACGCUGUUUUUGAUUUCUGCUUGAACUCGCCGUUUCAAUUACCGUCGCCGCGGUUUUGGAAUAUCCUCAUGAAAGAAUCAGAAGAGGUGCAAUUACAGCAAAGAUCAGUUGAAGAAGAAUCUCACCCAAGACUUGUCAAAGCUCCAUUAUUUUUGAAGUCAUGUUCAAAGACUAUUGUCCUUGUGGCCAGUGCAGGAUAUGGCUUGUACCACACUGUUGCAGCAGAUAUUUUUGAAACUGUAAGGUCGAGGAAUGGAUUAACAGUUGCUAUAGUUUUGAAGCCAUUUAGAUUUGAAGGGCUUAAACGGCAAGAUGAGGUGAAAGCCUUGAUGCAGAAACUUAAGGAGAACACAAAUUUACUUAUUGAAAUUGAUAUUGAUGCACUGCUCGAGAAAGACUUAUUGACUCUAGAUGAGGCCAUGAAGACCGCUAAUGAUGCAGUUUUGCUAGCUAUUAAGGCUGUCUCUGUUCUAAAAUCUGAGAUGCACAAAAAAUUUAUAGAUAGAUUGAAUGAUGGCAUGAAAGAGGCCAGCUCUUCAGAAAUUAAUAAAAUAUUGGAAUCCUAUAAAGAAGCAGGGAUUGGAUUUGGAGCUGCAUAUAACAUCAAAGCUUCAAUUUUGCAGUCUAUAUUUGAUAGUCCUUUCCUGGGUGUUCGUUUGAAGGAUCCAAAUAGCCUAGUUAUAUGCACCCUUGCGUGUUCAGAACCCAUCAAUGAUAGUGAUAUAGCAAUCUUUCUGCAUACUUUCCGUCAAACAACAAAAUACACGAGGGAUAUUAUAAUAUCAACAAUACAUGACCAUGCUGUUGAGCCCAACCUAUUCAUAACAACAGUCCUUACACUUGGCUGUUUAAAUGUGCAACGGUCUUCCCAGAAUGGUGGUAUACUGUCCAGACUUGCCCUGCAUUUUCCUCUUAUUUUUAGCUUUUGGGGAAGACAUAAUCAGCAACAAGUUGGCACUGGUAAACAGACUGAAGUAUUUCCUCAUGAAGUGAUGAGUUCUGAUGACAUUGAUGAGAGGACAAAUAGGAUUACUUCUGACAACAUAGAUAACAAUCUUGACAAAUACUAUGAAGAGCCAGCAUUGAGAAACAACAGCUCAAAGUUGCCUACUUCAAGGGAUUCUGGAAAAAAUGGAGAAGAUUUAUCUGACACCACGUCCAACUAUAACAUCCUUUAUGACUCUAUUACCGAAGGAGUUGCAUUAGGUGACUCUGCUUUUCAAAGGGAACAACUUGAGAACUGGAAUCUAGGUCCUGGAUUUGAGGUGGCAAAGGAGUGGGCCCAAGAAAAAGCAGCUGAUGCUACACCCGCUGUUGAUAAUCUAAGCAUCUUCCACCUUCCUGUUGGUGUGAGGCAUUCAGAAGAUUUGAAAGACUGUUUGGAAAUCUCAUUUCUGACAAAACAGCUUGAGCCAGAUACUGAUAACGAUGUGAAAACACAAACAUUAAAUGGAGGUAUGUCUCCUUGGAGUGCAGCAACUGAUGCAAGUUUGGAAGCAGUGAUGGAAUUUGCAUCUUCACUUUUGAAAGGAAAGAAUGCUAAUAAAUCAAAGAAAGACGGAGUUCUAUCUGUUCGUGCUGCGUCUAUGUUGGAGGCAGAACGUGAUUUGUCAAAAAAGUGGAGUCCGGUCGUGGAAAUGCAAUAUAGGGGAGGAAGAUACAAGGGACGAUGCCAAGGAGGUCUACCUGAAGGGAAGGGGCGUCUUGUUCUCAGAGAUGGCAGUAUAUAUGACGGUUUAUGGCGCUAUGGUAAGAGAUCAGGUCCAGGUUCAUUCUACUUCAAAAAUGGGGAUAUGUUUCAAGGAUCAUGGAGGGACGAUGUCAUACACGGCAAGGGUUGGUUUUACUUUCGCACUGGUGAUCGGUGGUUUGCAAACUUUUGGAAGGGAAAGGCUAAUGGUGAGGGGCGGUUCUACACAAAGUCCGGUGAUGCCUUCUUUGGCAAUUUCAAAGAUGGAUGGCGACAUGGCCAGUUUCUUUGUAUUAAUGCGAAUGGGACAAGGUACACUGAAAUUUGGGAAAAUGGUGUUCUUGUAGAUGGCAAGUAUUUAGACAGAUGACCAUGGUGGACAAAUGCGGUCGGUGCCCAAAAUUUUGUAAUUACUGUGAAUUUUAGUCUUUUCUCGAUUUUUAUUUGUGUUUUAUGUUGUAUAAUAGCUGUUUUUGCCGGCAAGCUAUGUUUUGUAGUCUGUUAUUUUGCCACGAAGCUAAUCUACGCUUUAGCUUAUUUUUCCUACCUAUUCUUAUAGAACUUGCCACAAUCCAUGUCAGAUUUUUGAAGAACUACGAAUCUCAUUAUAACUAUGUAUGAAGCAAAUUCAAUCAGUUUUAACAUAUGAAACAUGAUAUCUUGAAGCUUUAGUAUGCCA